AUGUCGGGCGGCGGCGGGGUGAAGAAGCGCGGCUCGGCGGGGCCGGAGGAGGAGAAGAUGCUGGCGGCGGCGGGGGGCGCGGGGGCAGCGGCGGGCGGUCCGGCGCAGGAGAACGGCUGCGCGGGCUCGGCCUUGGCGGCGGAGGAGUCGGGCGUCGUCGUCGUCGGGGGGGUGUCGCUGAAGCGCACGAUCACGCUGGGGAACGGCGUGGCGCUCAUCGUGGGCACGAUCAUCGGCUCGGGCAUCUUCGUGACGCCGACGGGGGUGCUGCGCGAGGCCGGCUCGCCGGGGCUGGCGCUGGUGGUGUGGGCGGCCUGCGGCGUCUUCUCCAUCGUGGGCGCCCUCUGCUACGCCGAGCUGGGCACCACCAUCUCCAAGUCCGGCGGCGACUACGCCUACGUGCUGGAGGUCUACGGGCCCCUGCCCGCCUUCCUCAAGCUCUGGGUCGAGCUCCUCAUCAUCCGGCCCUCCUCCCAGUACAUCGUCGCCUACGUCUUCGCCACCUACCUCCUCAAGCCCCUCUUCCCCACCUGCCUCGUCCCCGACGACGCCGCCAAGCUCGUCGCCUGCCUCUGCGUCCUGGUGCUCACGGCGGUGAACUGCUACAGCGUGAAGGCCGCCACCCGGGUGCAAGAUGCCUUUGCGGCCGCCAAGCUCGCAGCGCUCACCUUGAUCAUCAUCCUCGGAUUUGUUCAGCUUGGAAAGGGUGACGUGGAGAACUUGAGCAUCGAACACUCCUUUGAGGGCACAAACCUUGAAGUCGGGAAGAUAGUCUUGGCCCUGUAUAGCGGCCUUUUUGCUUAUGGAGGCUGGAAUUACUUGAAUUUUGUAACAGAAGAGAUGAUCAACCCAUACAGAAACCUGCCGCUAGCCAUCAUCAUCUCUCUGCCUAUUGUUACCUUGGUUUACGUCCUGACCAACCUGGCAUACUUCACCACCCUGUCGGUAGACGAAAUGCUGGCGUCAGAAGCGGUCGCCGUGGAUUUUGGGAACUAUCACCUGGGAGUCAUGGCUUGGAUCAUCCCGGUCUUUGUUGGCUUAUCGUGCUUUGGGUCUGUCAACGGGUCCCUCUUCACGUCAUCCAGGCUUUUCUUCGUGGGGGCUCGCGAAGGCCACCUGCCCUCCCUCCUCUCCAUGAUCCACCCUCGGCUCUUCACUCCGCUCCCCUCGCUCAUCUUCACGUGCAUCAUGACCCUGAUGUACGCCUUCUCCAACGACAUCUUCUCCGUCAUCAACUUCUUCAGCUUCUUCAACUGGCUGUGCGUGGGGCUGGCGAUCAUCGGCAUGCUGUGGCUGCGCUACAAGAAGCCGGAGCUGGAGAGACCCAUAAAGGUCAACCUCUCCUUGCCCAUCUUCUUCAUCCUGGCCUGCGUCUUCCUCAUCGUGGUCUCCUUCUGGAUGACCCCCAAGGAGUGCGCCAUCGGCUUCACCAUUAUCCUCAGCGGGGUCCCGGUUUACUACAUUGGCGUCUGGUGGCAAAAUAAACCAAAGUGGCUGCUGCAGCUGAUUUACUCCACGACGGUCCUCUGUCAGAAGCUGAUGGAAGUCGUCCCCCAAGAGUCUUAAAGAACCAGUGAAGCGUCAGCGUGUAUGGUUCAAAGCCAGCGCACAAUCUUUUCGUCUCGAAAGCACGAGUAUUUCCGAUUCCUCGUCAAAAGAAAAAAAGUCCAAGCCGGGGGCCUCCGAGGAGACCGCCCCGGAACUCCGCAGCCCACGUGCUCUGCCCCCGCUCCCACCCCUUGCUUCUUACCUUCACCACGCCAGGCAGCUGACACAACGCAGAGAAGAAGAGUUUCCGGGUACAAACUUGAAUCUCGCGGGAAGAGAAGCUUCUGCCGGAGUCUCGAUCGGCCGUAGAGCCGGGGAACCCAACAAGAAACCAAUUCUGUUAAGGUUUACAUGAGUGGCUACACUCGUAUAGGUCAGUUCUUGAUUGGGUUUCUUUUUGUCGUUUCUCUUCUUCAUUUUUGUUAGCGGUUUUAAUUUCUCCAUCCAAGGAAAACGAGGUUCCAGAGCAUCCAGCAUUUCCCAGGUGCCUCCAGAGCUGCCGAAAGUGAAGAACCCCAGGGCUGUCGAUCUCACCUGGUGAAACAGAGGAUGCUGGGGGGGGGGGGAAGGUUUUCCUUAAGCGUUACACUCCUGAACACGAACGGACAGGGACGUGCAGAAUACAAUAAAAUGGGACCUUUACCUUGUGGACCAGCUCAGAUAUCAACUCGUUCCAGUCCAGACGGACUUGGCUACUCCAACAUGAACUUCUUAUUUGUAUUAAUUGUUAUUAUUAUCGUUAUUGUUUUUUAGAGAUUUCCUUUUUAAAAAACUUUUUUUCCUUCCUUUGAGUCUCGCUUGUAGUUCCGCUUCGUUACCAACUUGCAAUAAAUGUUUUGUAUGUUGUCCUGUCCGCAACGCUAACUAUUGUUUUGAGCAAUUCCGGUCAAUGCCGGCGCACCGGCAGAAAAAGCACGUUCCGCCAGACUUGC